AGUGGGGCUUUAACAUGCGUCUCAAACAGUCUGCUGUCAGUGGCCGUGACCACGUGUUCUGGCAUGAUCAGCUGACUCCUGCCGGAGGAGGAAGGGGAACGAAGAUGGAAGGGAACAGGGACGAGGCAGAAAAAUGUAUGAAAAUAGCGACGAAAGCCCUCGAAGCCGGAGAUAAAGAGAAGGCGUUGAAGUUUCUCAACAAAGCAGAGAAGCUGUUCCCGACUGACAGGGCCAAAGCUUUGUUGGACUCUUUAACCAAGAACGGCAGCUCAGCAGGUAAUGGACCAUAUCGUAGGCGACCGGCAGAAAGCUCAGAAAGCACCAGAGCCCAGCCAGAACAGGAAAGCCACGAGUCUGCAGGAGGAGACUCUUCUAAAGGCUUUACCAAAGACCAGGUGGAAGGUGUGCAAAGGGACAGUCUGCACGCCGCUCAGCUGCUUCACUCUCUGUUCCUGUUCUUCAGAAUAAAGCGGUGUAAAGACUACUAUGAAGUGCUGGGUGUCAGUAAAGAAGUGGGUGAGGACGAGCUAAAGAAAGCCUACAGGAAACUAGCGCUGAAGUUCCACCCAGACAAGAAUCAUGCACCUGGAGCAACAGAGGCCUUUAAAAAGAUUGGUAAUGCAUAUGCAGUGCUGAGCAACCCAGACAAAAGACGGCAGUAUGACCUGACGGGAGGAGAGGAGCCAAGCAGCCCAGGUCACUCACAUGGCGGAGGCUUUGACUUCCACAGGGGCUUUGAGGCUGACAUCACUCCAGAGGACCUCUUCAACAUGUUCUUUGGAGGUGGCUUCCCCUCCUCGAGUGCACACACCUUCAACAACAGCAGAACGAGCUACAGCCAUCAGACAGAUUUCCGACAAGAGAGAACAGAAGAAAGGGGCGAUGGGGGUUUCUCAAUGUUUAUCCAGCUGAUGCCCAUCGUGGUCCUGAUUUUAGUGUCAAUACUGAGCCAGAUGAUGGUGUCCCCCCCACCCUACAGCCUCUACUCUAGACCGUCCACGGGUCAGACUGUAAAACGGCAGACAGAAAACCUGCAUGUCGACUACUAUGUCACUAGAGAUUUCAAGUCGGAGUUUAAGGGCUCAGCACUUCAGCAGAUUGAGAAGAACGUGGAGGAGGAUUAUGUAUCUAAUGUCAGAAAUAACUGUUGGAAGGAGAGACAGACAAAAACAGACCUGCUGUAUGCUGCUAAGGUAUACAGGGAUGACCGAAUGCGCAAGAAGGCGGAGCUCAUGACCAUGGAUAACUGCAGGGAGCUGGACAGACUAAAUAACCUAUUCAGAGGCGGAUGAGUCGGACGCUUUUAGAUCCUGUAAAUGUAUAUGAAUAGAUGUGUAUGUUCAUGUUUUUUUUAAGAAAGAGUCUUUACACUAGGAGCAAAAAACUUACUGAAAUAAUUUAGCUCUAUUGUUGAAGUUUUAAAAUGUCCCCCUCCACGUAUCUCCCUCCCGCCAACUCCUCUCUCUUCUCACUCCAGCCUGACCCCAAGAACCGCCUUGUUGCGUCUUAACGAACCAAUCUGCACACACGGUAGAAAAGCCCCAGACCUUUCCUUUUUUUUACUCUGCUUUUCUUGUGUUUUCCUCAAAUCAAGAAGGACAAGGACACUUGAUUGUAAAGGCAUGUGCUUCAAGUAGUGUGAAGAGGCAUUCUGCACAAGCAAAUCUCCGUCUUAGGAUCAACAAAUUGCUUUCGGCAUCAUCUGCUUGACACAAAUAUACGAUGGGAGACUUUAUAGGUUCAUAUGGAGGUGCUCUCCUCCAGCCAAAUCCAUUUCUUUGAGGAACACAAGAACAGAAGAUGGAACUAAAAAUAAAACACAAUGCUUUCUCAAGCUUCUGACUCACCUCCACAUGUGGGUGAAGAUCGAUGGAUCCUGAAGAGACACCUGCGUUUUUGCUACUAGAGAACAUUUUAUGUUGUCCACUUCAAAAUGUGAAGUUGGUUGGGACUCAACAUGGAAGGACAUUGAAACUGUUGUUCAUAAAUGGUUGUACAUUUUCAUUUUUGAAUGUUUGAAUUUUAUGCAGUUAUUUAAGUAACUAUAGAAGAAACAAAGUUUUUCUUCAAUGCUCGCCUAAUCAUUUAAAUAAAGUAAAAUUAUUACCAUAGA